ACACAACUAUUACAUAUAUAUUAUUCCUUUCAUUCAAUCGUAAAUACAACGAGAAUCUAUUGCUUAUUGGGUUUCUAUGAUUCUAUCGAUUUCCGAUUCCUUUUCGUAGAAUAAGUCGACAGGAGAUUCCACAUGGCCGAUAAAUCCAAUUAUUCGAUUUUGGGUUUUCUUUGUUCGAAUAGAUUCUACUUUUUUAUUUAUUUAAUCAGCCAUUGUUGUUGGUCGUAUGAAGUUACUGCUGUUCCUUAUGAUUCUUUCACGAUUUCGAGCUUUAUUUAUGGUAAAACUUCACUCGGACCUUAUGAUUGGCGUUAUAUCAGAGUUGAUUUGCCGACAUCAUUUUCUUCGAUGACUAUUGCUUUAGAGUCUGAUGUAAACCUUGGUAAAAAUAGCGUUAAAAAGGGCGGUAUAAAUAAGCUACCAAUGAUAUGUGUUCGUGAAGGCAGCCCUCCUUUGCCGGAUUCAUAUAACACCUCUUUAACUGGUUUAGUUUUGGAUCCUAUUUCUAAUGAAUCUUUGGGGACACAAGGUCUUCAAUUUGCCGAGAAAUGUUAUCCUAUGCAGAAAAAUAUUCUUUUGAGGCUGACAAACGAGCAGAUUUCUCCGGGCGUUUGGUACUUUGGUCUAUUUAAUGGCAUUGGAUCAAUGAGGACACAAUCAAAGAUGAUAAAUCGAGGAUUGGAGUAUUCAUUUAGUGGAAAUGUUAGCGUUGAAGGUUGUAUGGGCCCAUCUAUCUCGGGUCAAUUCUGUAACCAAACCAUUGACCAACUUUCUUGUGUUGAGCAGAACUCAACGCAAGGAACCGUUGUUUCUUGUAGAAACAACGAUGAAAGCUUGUGCAAUGAUCGGAAAGAACCAAAAGUCUACAUUUUGGAUUUGCUCGGAGUUUCGGAAGAAAUAACAAUUUCGACUACAAAUGUUAAAUUCAACCAAACUCAAGAUGGUACAAAUAAUCAUAGCAAUAUUGGUUUAAUAUGUUAUGCUCGGCAUGGUGCCUUGCCAUCAUCAUCGAAUCAUGAUUAUUCUGGUAAUAUCAUUGACUCCCCCUUGGUUAUACGUUCUCCAAAAGUUGGUCGGUGGUAUAUUACCGUUAUACCCCUCAACCUCUCUAAUGGCACUGUUGAGAACAUGACAGUUUGCUUUUCAUUGUUGUGGCAAGUGCGUCAAUGUCCUCAAAAUAAAGCCGGUUUGAAUUGUAAGUGGGAACGAUAUGUGCUUCAGACAAUUCUGAGGAAGAAUCCGUCCCUUCCUUUCGAAUCAUACUAUUCACCUGUGAAUAUUAAAGGAUUUUCACGUUCAUCUAAUUUUCAUCUCGAGCCUCUUCUUAGCAACUCUUCGCUCGGUCAAAGUCAAGAUUAUGCAUGGACUUAUUUUCAAGUAGACAUCCCAUCGGGUGCAGCCGGAGGAAGCAUUCACAUGCGAAUAAGUUCAGAUACUAAAUUGCAUCAUGAAAUUUAUGCGCUAUAUGGUGGAUUACCAUUUGAAGAUAAAUGGGAUUACUUCUAUGUGAAUUCUACUAGCAACAGUAAAGGUUCGAUGUUCUUUAAGUUGUACAAUUCAGAUGAAAAAAACGUCGGUUUCUAUAUCGUCUAUGCCAAAGAAGGAACUUGGAAUUUCGGUAUAAAGUAUUUGACCUCUUCUCCUAAAAGUCAAAGCCAAAGUCAAACUACUAUGUCGAUUUCGGUUGAAAGAUGCCCGAGAAGUUGCUCGUCUCAUGGAACAUGUCAAAAUGUUGUUGAAAUGAGUGGGUUGUCACUCUACAGCUAUUGUUGGUGUGAUCGGACCCAUGGAGGCUUUGACUGUAGUGAUGAACUUGUCUCCCAUCGAGGGCAUAUACUGCAAUCGAUUUUGCUUAUUGCAUCAAAUGCUGCAUUCGUGUUUCCUGCUUAUUGGGCCCUACGUCAGAAGGCAUUUGCAGAGUGGGUGCUCUAUACAUCAAGUGGUAUUUCAAGUGGCUUAUACCAUGCAUGUGAUGUUGGUGCCUGGUGUGCGCUAUCUUUUCAUGUUUUGCAGUUCAUGGAUUUUUGGCUUUCGUUCAUGGCCGUAGUGAGCACAUUUGUCUACUUGGCUGCAAUUGAUGAACCUUCAAAGCGGACAAUUCAUACGAUUGUUGCCAUCCUUACCGCACUCAUGGCCGAAACCGGAGCCACAAGGUCCUCCAACAUCGUUCUUGUAAUAGCAAUUGGAUCAAUCGGUCUUCUUGUCGGCUGGUUGAUCGAGUUCUUCACGCAUUAUAGGCGAAUCUCGCUUUCCACCGAAUUUCUUCUGAAUAUGCUUCAAAGGUGGCAAACAAUCAAUGGAUGGCUCCAUAACAUUAUAAAGACGGUUAUUAGACGUUUUCGCUGGUUUUUCGUGCUCGCCGGAUUCAUUGCGUUAGCAAUGGCCGCCAUAAGCUGGAGCCUCGAAUCAACCGAAAGUUACUGGUUUUGGCACAGCAUGUGGCAUGUGUCGAUAUACACUUCUUCGUUUUUCUUUAUCUGUUCGAAAGUGAAUGUAAUCAACUCCGAGGAGCAAGGGUCUACAAACACAGAAUAUCAGUUGACUCGACAGGAUUCUCUCUCGAGAAGUGAAGACCGAUUGACGCAUGUCUAGUUUACGUAGACGGUCCGUUUGACGGAACGAACGAUUCUUCGGCGAUUUUUGUGGGGAGUUGGAAGAGGGGGUUCAUAGGAGGAAACAGGAAAUGUAAAUGAGAAAGUUAGAGAAAAGUGGAUAGAAUUAUAAGACAAGGGUGGUUUUGUAAAGUUAGAGGGGCUCUUUUGUAAAUUCACAAUCUUGUAUGAUUUUGAACUUUAACCUACACACAAUGAGCCAAUAAACCAAAUUUCAGAGCAUAUAUAUACAGAGCCAAGGAUAUUUGUAC